CUACAACUGUUUCUCAAAUUCUUGAAAUGGGAAAGGAGCUUUUUUUUCCAGAUGGGACCUCCACCAAAGGGGUAAUUGAAGACUUUCUUUUUGAAGUUUGUGACUUCCAAAAAAAUCGGAUUUCUUUAGAUGAAACAGUCGGAAGUCUUUAUGAAAAAACCAAGCUGAAGCUUCUACGGUUUUACAUGUGCACAAAGAAAGAAGAAACAGUUCAGUUUUCAUCUGAAGAAGAUUGUCAAAGUCCUGAACAACCAAAUGACAUGGACUCAACCCCAACAGCUAGAAAAGGAUCUUUUGGUGAAAUGGAGGAUUGUGAUGAUCAAACUUUGAAUCACCUAGACUCUUCCUACAACCAUUCUGGAGUUGUUGAUUUUACAGAUCCACCUCAUUCUGGAUCCACACCUCGGCAGCCCCAGCCCUUCAGCUCUGAAAAUUCUGGAUCUGUUCCACACAUGGAUGAGGGAGACACGGUUGUAUGGAAUCCUGAAGAGGACCUAAUUGGAUUGGAUGAUGACAGUGACAUAGUCGUUGUAACACUAAAUUAUGACAACACUGAAGAAGUUGUACAGGACGAUCUCAGCAGUCCCUUUGGACACGGUUCCCCGAUACUGUUGCCUUCAGCCAGGAGUCUCUUCUCAUCACAAAUGCAAACCAGUAAUAUGGAGGCAGGACAAACUGGCCAGGACUCUGGCUUGAUUCCACCCGAAGAUUCUCACCCAAGUUCAAGCGGUCUACUGCCCCAAUCUGUUUCAGCUGGUAACUCAGAAAAUCUAGCAAACCAUCUACAUGUGUCAAUUCGCAGGAUCAAGGUUGUGGAAGAUCUUUUGGCUGUGUUUAUGGAAAACAACCUUUGGAAUCAGACUUUAAAAAUGGAGUUUGUGAAUGAAAGAGCAAUCGAUGAUGCUGGGGUAUCAAGGGAGGUUUACACUGCAUUUUGGGAGCAGUUUUUGGAACAGUGUGAGGGUGAAACAGAGCGAGUUCCCAGGUUGAGGCCUGACUUUUGUGAGUCUGAAUGGCAAGCCAUUGGACACAUUUGGGUCAAAGGAUUUCUAGACCAUGGAGUCAUUCCAGUGAGGCUAUCGAAAGCUUUCAUUUUAGCUUGUGUCCAUGGAAUUGAAUCAGUGGAUGAUGAUGUAUUGAUCCCAUCAUUUCUCAACUACCUCCCUCUAGUAGAGAGAUCAGCUGUUGAGAAGGCUCUACAGGGCACCAUGGAUCAAGGUGAUGAAGAGGACUUGCUAGACCUCUUCACAAGGAUGGGGUCCCACUUCCUGCCUCCCAAUGAGAACAUUCAGCAGGCCAUUGAAACCAUGGCUCACAAGGCAAUUCUUCAAGAGCCAAAGUAUAUAUUGGAUUGCUUCUCCACAUCCAUGGCAUGUGUACAAGUGGAACUUGCUGACAAGAAAAGUCUGUUGUCUUUGUAUGAAAAAAAGAAGGCCUCAGGUAAAAGACUGUUACAGCUGUUUGAAUCAGCAAAUGUGACGCUGUCCCAGAGAGAACAGACAACCUUUAACCACCUUCAACGUUUUGUAAAAAAUGCUGAUGAAGACAAGGCUGAAAAAAUACUGCGUUUCUGCACCGGCUCUUCUGUAAUCUGUGUUGACAAAAUUCUCAUUUGUUUCAACACUGAAACUGGGCUUAAUAGAAGGCCUGUUGCUCACACCUGUGGAGCUACCCUAGAACUUCCUUGCACUUAUAGUUCUUACCCAGACUUUCGCACAGAGUUCGACAACAUCCUCUCCAGUAAUUACUUUGAAAUGGACAUAAUUUGAAGUUGAUGGGAGGUAUUUACAGCACCUUUUUGUUUUGGUUGGAAAUUUUGAAUGCAGUUUUUUUUUUCUUCUAAAUUUCAUAUUUAAAUAUU